UUCCGCGUCUCGAGCCGUGUUUCCCCAAACAUCUGCGCUCGCGCGAAUCUCAGCCUCACUAAUGUCAGCUCACUGGGGUUAGCCUAGCCUAGCCUAGCUUAGCUUAGCUUAGCUUAGCUGCGGCUGGCUGCUCCGUCUUUUAACAUCAUUAGCAUUAAAUAUGGUAUAAAAAUUAGGAAAAGAUGAAUCUCCGGGGAUUCUUUCAGGAUUUCAAUCCAAGGUAAAAACUCACAUAAGUUCCUGAUCUACGCGUGCCUGCUGCUGUUCUCCGUGCUGCUGUCCUUACGCCUGGACAGAGAUAUAGAGUGGAGUUACUGGGCCGUGUUUGCGCCCAUCUGGCUCUGGAAGCUCAUGGUCAUCAUCGGGGCGUCGGUGGGCACCGGGGUUUGGGCUCACAACCCUCAGUACAGGGCCGAGGGCGAGACCUGCGUGGAGUUCAAGGCCAUGCUGAUCGCGGUGGGGAUCCACCUCCUCCUCCUGACGUUUGAGGUUCUGGUGUGUGACCGUGUGGAGAGAGGGAAACACUUCUGGCUGCUGGUCUUCAUGCCGCUGUUCUUCGUCUCGCCCGUCUCCGUGGCCGCGUGUGUGUGGGGCUUCAGGCACGACCGCUCGCUUGAGCUCGAGAUCCUGUGCUCGGUAAACAUACUGCAGUUCAUCUUCAUCGCACUGCGGCUGGAUAAAAUCAUCAACUGGCCGUGGCUGGUGGUGUGUGUGCCGCUGUGGAUUCUGAUGUCCUUCCUGUGUCUGGUGGUGCUUUAUUACAUCGUGUGGUCUGUGCUUUUCCUGCGCUCCAUGGACGUGAUCGCAGAGCAGCGCCGCACACACAUCACCAUGGCCAUCAGCUGGAUGGCUAUCGUCGUGCCUCUGCUGACUUUCGAGAUCCUCCUGGUGCACAAGUUAGAUGGUCAUUACGAGUCCAAAUUCGUGCCGGUGUUUGUGCCGCUCUGGAUCUCCCUGGUGACGCUGAUGGCAACUACGUUCGGCCAGAAAGGAGGCAAUCACUGGUGGUUUGGCAUUCGUAAGGACUUCUGCCAGUUCCUGCUGGAACUCUUUCCUUUCCUGCGCGAGUACGGAAACAUCUCCUACGACCUGCAGCACGAAGACUCGGAGGUGUCCGAAGAGCUUCCUGUCCAUGAGCCGCCUAAAAUCGCGCCCAUGUUCCGCAAGAAAACGGGCGUCGUCAUCACGCAGAGCCCUGGGAAGUACUUUGUGCCGCCGCCUAAGUUAUGCAUUGACAUGCCUGAUUAAAAAUAAAGUCAGAAUUCCUUGAACAGAGAGCGAGAGGAGUGUAGUACCAUGGACCAGAGUUCACUUCGGGCCAGCAGCGGAACACCAGAAUCACCGUGAGUGAGACGGGCCAGUCAGAGAAAAAAAAAAAAAACCAAAACACUGAGACGAUCUCAGCUCCUGUUUGCUGAAAACUUUUUAAAAACUGGUGAAACGGGGCUUGAAUGAGGCGGCAGGUGGUGAGCGUGGCUCGCUGUUUGACUUUCCCCGUGAUCUUUUCCACACUCCUGCGUUCUCAUCACUCCUCCAACACUCACUGUAGUUUUUCCCGAGUAAGUCGUGUACAAUGUGGAGAAAGUUACGUAGCUAAGCCAAAGAACAUUAGAAGGUUCAUAACGCUGGGGUAACGUCCCAUUUCUUCCAGCAAUACCUGUUACAUGUGUUUGUUUUUUUUAUUUGUAUUUUUGUUCAAGUAUGGCAGCAGCGAACAACGUAAUUAAUUUUCCGUCACUUUAUGUAUGUAGUUGAUCAGUCAGUGUUUACUAGAACACAUCGAGGACACAGACUCACUAACACACAGCUCGUGUUUAUGUUUAUGGACCAUGUGGAAGGAUUUACAGCCUUAUCACACUGCGUACGUGUAUUUCACAUUUACACUCUGUCGUGUUAUUCUCGCUUGUUGACCCAUUUCCUGUUUUAUUAGAGAAAAAUAAUCCAGUUCUGACGCAACUCUAUUUAACACUAGCAGCUGAAUAAAAGAAAACAUCUUAUUUUUUGCCGUCACACACCAGGCUUGUGCGAUAUCGAUGUUACCGUAGUUACGAUAUCGUUACGUUUCAUCAUCCAGAACCUAAAAAAAAAUAAAUCACGAUAAACGAUUUAAUCAUUCGGAGCAUUUCCACUAUAUCAGGUGUAAGGAGAGUAGAGGAGGAGUAAUAUUAUUAUUAUUAUUAUUAUUAUUAUUAUUAUUAUUAAUAUUACAGCUGUGCGGUCGGGAGCUGCUUACAGGCAGAGACAAUCACGCAAACUCAGCUGGAGGCUGCAUUUAUAGUUAAAGAAAAAAAAAGAAAUAACGUAUAUUUUGGAUGUAAUCCUUUUAAAAAUCAGUUGUGUAAUGUCCACACAGCCGACAUUUUCAGUGUUGAUCAAAGUAUUUGAACGUGUCCGAGUGCAGGAGAGCAAAAAAAAACCCACUAAUUUUUAAUCCUCACCAUCUCUGACCACUUUUGGACAAUUUUUUCAGCAUCAUCACUAAUAAUAAAUACAGUAACUG